GAAACGCUCCUCUGUGCGCUCACUGGCACACCUCCCUCUCCUCCUCCCCAUCGUCUUCUUCUUAAUUGCGCAUCGGCACUCCGGCAGCACCGCACUGGGAGUCACGAGCAAAAGCGUUUGAAAUAUAUGUAGAGAAUAAAACAAAGUGAGGGUGGUGAUGAGCUUUCUGAGUCUGUGGAACAAGAACAUGAUGGACUGAACUUUAAACAUGUUCCAAGCGGGAUUUGCAUUCAGUUGUUCUCGGUUGGUGGAAUAUGUUAAAGGUGGACUUCCAGCUGGGCAGAUGCUGAUUAAUGAAACCAUGACACGUUUUCUUCCGCUGCUGCUGACAGAGGUGAUGCUUUUUGUGUGAAACUGCUCCAACGCAGAGAGCCCCUAAAUCCGGAAUAAACAGGACUGCUUCCCGUUUCUGACAGACUGCCGAGGAUGACCAAAGACAUUCAAAUAAUGAUGUAAUAAAUAGAUUUCCUGCACACGCAUCUUCGAGUGAAUGGACACAAAUUGCACCGACUGGCAUCCAAGUGCGUCAGACCUGAGCGGACAGCCGUUACGCAUGGAGACAGCUCGGGACUGAGAGGAUUUUUGUUUCGCUUGUUCACAUUUUUUAUGAUUUUAACUGACAAAAGAGGGACAAAGUUAUUCUACUCCUCCUCGAACAGAAAAUGAGUAGCUGUCUCUUUCGACUAGCACUCUUCCUGGCUUGCGUCCUCUCCAUCAGCUGCACCGCUGCGCCCGGGACCGAGGCGGAGGCGCACACGGCGUCCAGGAAUACCUGCGCGUCCUGCGGCGUCGCUCAGCCGGAGGACCCCGAGUCGGGCCGGCUGAACGUGGACUUCCUGGAGGCGGUGAAGAGGCACAUCCUGAGCCGGCUGCAGAUGCGGGAGAGGCCCAACAUCACGCACCCGGUCUCGAAGGCGUCCAUGGUGACGGCGCUGCGGAAGCUCCACGCCGGGAAGCUGCGGGAGGACGGGAGGGUGGAGAUCCCCAACCUGGACGGACAUCCGAUGAGCAACGACGUGCUGGAGGAGAGCUCGGAGAUCAUCAGCUUUGCGGAGAAAGAUGAUAUGGUGACAUCCAAGUCCAGCCUCUUCUUCCAGAUCUCCAGUGAGGGGAACCAGAACCUGCACGUGACGCAGGCCACCCUCUGGCUCUACUUCAAGCUUCUGCCGUCUCCUCUGGAGGUGCGUCCAAGGCGGAAAGUGACGGUGAAGGUAUACUACCAGGAGCCCGGCCUCAGCAGCAAGUGGAACCUGGUGGAGAAACGGGUUGACCUGAAGCGCAGUGGCUGGCACACCUUCAUGCUGACCGACGCCGUCCGGUUGGUGUUUGAGAAGGGCGACCGGCGCCAGAACCUGGAUGUGCGUUGCGAGGGCUGCGAGGCAGACGGCGUGGUGCCCAUCCUGCUCAACCACAACGAUGACUCCCACCGGCCCUUCCUGGUGGUGCAGGCGCAGCAGGUUGACAACAAACACCGGAUCCGCAAGAGGGGGCUGGAGUGUGACGGUAGCAGCAACCUGUGCUGCCGCCAGCAGUUCUACAUAGACUUCCGGCUCAUCGGCUGGAACGACUGGAUCAUCGCGCCGUCUGGCUACUUUGGGAACUACUGCGAGGGGAACUGUCCAGCCUACAUGGCAGGCGUCCCCGGUUCAGCCUCCUCCUUCCACACAGCGGUGGUGAACCAGUACCGCAUGCGAGGGAUGAGCCCGGGCUCCAUGAACUCGUGCUGCAUUCCCACCAAGCUUAGCACCAUGUCCAUGCUCUACUUCGAUGACGAGUACAACAUCGUCAAGCGGGACGUUCCCAACAUGAUCGUGGAGGAGUGUGGCUGUGCUUGAGUACGUUUUGUUGUUGUUUAUUUAAAGUGGAACUGAAAACUGUAAACAGAUUCACAAGAUUACAACAAGAAAAUGAAUAUAGAAACAGAAUAUUUAUGGACGAUGGAGAAAACAUGCGCUCGCGCAACCUCAUCCACACAUAUCUACACACUCUCAUGUAUGCCUGCACAAAAACUUGUAUAUAUAUUUAUGUUUGUUGAUAUAUUUCAUUAUAUUCUCUAGUAGAAGACUGUUUCUGUCUAGAAAUGAUUCAGUCUCCUUCAAAGCGACAUGAAGAGUUCUCUUCCAAAUCUUUAAAUAUCCACUUUGGAAAACAAUCAAUCCCUUCAGUUCUUCAUUAAAUAUCUCUAAGAUAGGCGGGGAUCUGGUUUGCUAAAGUGUUCAAGACUUAUGUAACCUACUAGCCUUUACUGUCACUGACUUUUCAGUCACGUUGUUAGAGUAGUUACCACUUGUUUAGAAGUGAGUGUCUUGUUUUGGAAUUAAACUCUUCAUGUGUAGAACAUAAACCCAACCUUGAACGUGAAAACAAAUCGCCUUCCAAGGAGGUGUGGGGAGCCUUACACGAGUCAGAAGGUUGUGGUGAUUCAACUAUGCCUCUUUUUAGAGCAGUGUGCACAAACACGUGGGACAAGCACUGAAAAUGUUAAUACACCUGUCAAACUUCAUCAACGCACAGCACUUCUGGCCAGGACUCACAUUUACACUACGUCUUAGAGAAACUUUGUUCCCGGGAUGAAACCCGCUUCAAGAUGCUAUGAACAUUUGGACGCAUUCCAGAAACGGAUGGAAACAGACAUUAUCAACAUUAUCUGUAGAGACUUUUCAGCAAGGUUUCUGUUACACUGGCGCUGUCACCAAACCGCAAAAUAACCCUUGAAGGUAACAACUAAAAGGUAGACUUGCCAAUAUGAGGUGGCGCACCUGAGAAUUUUAAAACUGUUUUGAAGUUGUGUUUCUGAUCUGCAUCUCUUCACAGCUCUGGAUUAUUCUCUUUCCAUUAUCUUCAUUCUCGGUACUGCUUUUUUAACUGUUAUCUACCCUAAACCCAACCCUAACUUGGGUGGUUGUUUCUCUGUCCCUCUCCUCAAAUUACAAAUCUAUUUCUCAAAUUACUAAUUUGUGCGCCCAAUUUUUCUUAUUUAUUUCCCUAAAUUUAGGAAUUUGCAACUUCAAAUUACUUGAUUCUUUCCCUUGAAACAACAUCUUCCCUCAGAUUACAAAAUUGUGCACCAAAGUAAUCAGUUCCAUCAAAUUAAUAUCUUUAAGUUCAGACACUCACUAUGAACCACAGUAAGAUUUUGAUUUUGGACUGUGAGACACAAAUCAUGUCCAGCUCUGCUCAGUCCCAAACAAAAUCUGAUGUACCAUCCAAACUUUAAAUAAUUCUACCAAGUAAACUUAUUUCGUGGUUUUGAAAUAACCACUUCCCCUUGGUCUUUGUAUCAUUAAAGUAAAAACAGUUUUCCAAGGAUGUUUUCUUCUACUCUUGGUAUGGGUUUAACAAGUACUCUAUUGUAGCAUAUGAAGAUGGUGGAAUGGAAAUCAGGAAUAACCUCGCGUUUAUCCAUUUUUGUUAAUGUUUGGAUAUUGCAAGCAAAACCUCCCUUCAACUUCUCCUCGAACGGGAAGGUUCGAUUCCUUCCAGUUGUUCAAAUCAAAAAAAGGUUUAACGUAUCUCUCAUUUCAGUCAGUGAAAGUGAAAAGUUGCCAUAUUGCUUAGUUUAGUGAUGGUGCUGCUCUGCACUUCACACUUUGAUAGCACUUGCAGAUAGAAAUGCCUUUAAAGAGCCCUAUGAGGCGCAUCGUUGCCCACAGUCCUUCUAAAAGAAAUAAGUGCCGCAUGAGCUAUGCAAUGUAUAGUAUUUACCCAUAUUCCAGACAGGCUGAUCUUAAGCUCUUCUGACAAACUAUCACCAAUACUUGAAACGUAAUGUGUGGCAAGCAGGGGCAGGAUGGGUUUUGGCUAGGAGGCAUGAGGAGACAGACAACUAAAUGCUGUCCUGUGUGUGUGUUUCUGGUAGUAGAUAAUGAAGUAUUGUACUUGAUAGCUCCACUCAAAAUGAAUUAAAAAUCAAUGUUUGAGAAACCCA